CCAUUUAUCAAUGAUAUAAGUGAUGACAAUCUUAGGGUGAAAUUUGAGUAAAAUAUUCAUAAUAAUCAAUUCGGCAAAGCAGAAAGUUGGUAAAACAUUGUUUUACCAGGAGCAGUUACUGAAUGCUUUGCAGUUCAACAAAGGGAGAGAACCAUGCUGCUUCUAUCGUUUAUCCUGGUUUCAUUUCUAUCAGUUAUUGAAAGCCAGUCCGGGCUGAUUUUGGAAGUUAUGCAACGAGAACGAUUAAAUGUGGCACUUUUGCAUGACUGUAAUGUUACAUCAGUUGACUUUUUCAAGCAUUUAAGCACAAACUUUUCUGGAUUUAUCCAAAUUUUGCAAAUGAAUUCAGAUUGUUUCUACGAAGAUCAUACGCGGAUUAUGAACUCGAGACAUCAUAGGAUGUGUGUAAUUGUCGAUCUGGAGUGUUCUGGUAUUAUGAAAUUGAUGGAAUUUAGUUCGUUGCAUGGAUAUUUUAAUGGUUCUUAUCAUUGGAUACUCAUGUCUCGAUCACGUCUGAGAAAUGUCAUUGAAAGAAUGAAGAAUCAAAAUUUAAACGUCGACUCCAAAAUUACGAUUGCGUUGUCUAAUCAAAACCAAUUGGAAAGAUAUAGCUUGUUUGAAAUAUUCAACACAGUUAAAAGGCAACAUGGUAAACUAAAUGUUACAUUCAUUGGAUUAUGGACUCCUGAUAAAGGAUUGCAGUUGAUUUGCAAUACCAAGUCUUAUCUGAAUAGAAAAGAUUUGAAAGGCAUUACUCUAAAAACUGCUGUCUCUGUAUGAGUGCAAAAUGGCGAUAAAAGUACUUUCAUCGAAUAAUUAUCAAUAUAACA